AUGUGGUCAAAGACGCAGGAGCCGACACGGAACAGUUCGAACUUUGGCUGGGCGACACCAACUUUGAGCCAUCGGGAUGGCGAUGUAGCACCGGUAUUCUCAGCGCAGUUGGAGGAUUGGCUGUCAUUCCAGCACAAAUGGCACUGGGACAACCGGGGCCAGACCAUCAGGGGCGAGGGCGAGGGCUUCGCUGCUCACCUCGAGUCGCGAAAAAGGAGAUAUUUGCAUCAAGGAGAAGUGUAUGUGGUUUCUGACCCCUUGUUUGAGGACACCGUGAGGCAUGCAUGGGAGUACGAAGACAUGUUCCUAGAGGCGUCUGGAAAGGAGGGCUUCACUGCAUACGCACAGGCGGUUAGGCAACGCCUGGCAUCUCAUAACUUCACGAAACCGGUCCAGCUUGCCAAGGAUCCCCGCCAGCAGGACGUAUGGACGACAGUGGAGUAUCUCAACUACAUCGACUGGUGGCAAGACCACUACACUACAGCAAUGAAAAGGUCACAAUCUGUGAUCAUCAAGCUUCUGGACUCUCAGAAGCUUGUUGGUCAGGAAAAUUGGGAGAAUUGGGCUCAAAACAUGGAGCAACUGCUGACUGCAGUUAACCUCUGGCCUCUUAUCCAAGAAGCCAUCGAGAAGGACGAUGAGGUCCCCUAUUCGCUCAAGACCUCUGCUGUCGACGUAGAUGGUCAUUCGAGCAAGGCUUCUUCAAAGGUCAAAGAUAAGACUGACAAGAAGGAGCCUGCCAGCGAGACGUUUUCAAGCUCGCAAAAGGCGAUCGUAUAUCUCUCGAUCACGCAAAAUAUUAAGCCGGAAGCGGGUUAUCGCAUCGCCGGCUUGCGUGACCCUGGGAUAAUCUGGAUCGCCCUUCGUCGUGCCUUUUCUGGUAUGACAAUCGACCAGGUAUCGUCGGUCCUAGACGAUCUAUCUGCGAUUCGAUACUCCGAUCAUGGAGAUGACUUCGUGGCGCGCUACCGCCUUCUGAUGGAUCGUGUGGAGCGCCAGAAGAUCGAUUACUCUGCGAUGAGUCGGAUUUGCAACUUCCGAGCGGCAAUCAGGGCUUCUUUUCCGACCCUCCACCGCGAAAUCUCACGAGAUUAUAACCGUGGGAUCUACUCGACGACAGAAAACCUCAUCUAUCAGCUUCAGGAGGAGAUAUACAUCCGUAAAUCGCAGGAUGAGACCUUUGCGACCCAUAUGGGCCGAUCUCCUGCCCCUCCUGCUGCUCCUGUCACUCCUGCCAGUCCUGCGGGCGCCAACAAAGGCAACAAGCAGCGAAAGAAGAACAGGGACAAAGGAGGCUCUGGAGGCGCUCGGGGACCUGAUCAGAAGGAUCCUGGCGCUUCAAACACUACAGUUGUGUGGUGCUUUGAGUGUGGAGAGCUCAACAAGAAGAAAGGGCACGAUGGCUGCAACCAACGCAUCUUGAAGCAGGUGUUGCAAGCUGCUUCAAAGGGAGCUGCGAACGGCUCUUCUAGGGGAUCAUCUGGUGCUGGCGGUACUACUCCCGCUACUCACUGCACCAGCUUUGCGACUUUCAAUUGGCUUGUCGACAUCGGCGAGCCAUUCCCCUUUUUUUCGAACCCCAAGAAAUGCCUUAAGUUGGACAAGAUCUUGGACUGGACACACGAGCACAAGUUUCGUAAGCCAAAGGGCUUUGCCUGGGAGGCUCCUGAUGACGCUCAUUUGGUCAGAGUAGUCGACCGUGUUGCGCAAUGGGAUGAGCCUCGAGUAGACAAGUAUGGGAACGUGCUGUGA